UGUCAAGAGUGAGUGUGCAAACAUCGAGUACUGUCGCAGUCAACGGUGCAUUACCUGCGCAGCAUGCCUUCCUUCAGAUUCAGAUUCAAGCUACUUUUAUGCACUCAACAGUUCCAAAAGACAGUGUUAUCGAUGCCAAGACAUUGCCAACUGUCAAGGGAUGGCGGAGUGUCCUUGCAAUGACUGCCAAGUGUGCUCAAGAUGUGAAGGCGUUAUGAUGGAAGAAUCAGGCAUGCGAGCUUAUGCCAUUUCGGCUGACAGAAAAUACUGUAGAAAGGCAUGUUCAUGGCGUUCUGACAGCACGUGGUGUUACCCGGGGACCUGCCAGGAGGAACUGGCCAGUAACUGCAUCUGCUCUCCUGGAUUCAGUGGUUCAAACUGUCAGAACAUUGACACACAACCCGUGAUACUAUGGAACAGAAUUGUUGUACAUGGCCAGGGUAAAGAAACAGCCAAGGCUCCAGUCGACCCGAACAACUCUGAGGUCCAGGAAGACUCGUGGACAAACCUGAGGAACAUGCACAGUAUCAGCUAUGAUUUUCACACAAGCUUCAACCCUUCUGAACUGCCGCCAAGCAGGCAUAACUUCAUAGAUGGUUACAAAGUCGGAAUAGUACAGGCAAAAGUGACACUAAUCAUUUUCAAAGAAAUGAUUACCUCUUUCUCAACGUCCAUUGACUGUCGUGAUGUUUCUAAGCUUGACCCACAAACAGAUAUCUUCAAAUGCAGUGGAGAUGUCAAUGUGACAAAUGUCUUGACUUCAUCGGAGCUAAUAACAGGGAAUGUACUGCAGUUUCAGUUUGUCACCUCAAACGGCGGGUUUGUGAAGAUCAAGGACAUGGAGAACAACACUGUGCAGACACACUACUAUGCUGGUCAGUCGAGGACAGCAACAUUGAGAAUAGGUAUCGACUAUGUGAGUCCAUAUCACUGCAUUGCAGCUCGGGGAUGUUCUGCUGAUAUGCUCAUUGUUGGCAAGACAAGUAAGCAGCCAUCAUUUAACGUUCAGUGGAAUGGGUGGAGAGACGACACAUCUGGCAUACGGUCAUUUGAAUUCCAAGUAUUUGAAAUGGAGUUUAUCGUCAGUGAAGAUGGUCUCAGGAUGAAAAAUAGAAAACUCAUUCAAAGGUUCAAUUCCACUCAGAACACUGGCAGACUACACCUCAAUGACAAUGGGAUACUCUCAGUGGAGAUUACUGCGAUUGACAAAGCUGGAAACCUAAAGAGUGCCAGACGAAUCAUGAUCCAUGAUGGAAAAUCCAAAGUAGAGACGACACCAAACACCGUGUUACGUGCGACGUCAGCUGCAGAGAUAUCUUCAUGGGAGUGGCAGUGGACAUCGGACUCGGUCACCAUCGACUGGAACCAUCGCUACAUCAACACGCUACACCACAGAAACAAAUGGUUGGAGAGGGUAUUGCCAGUUCCUAAUAUUGAUGAAGAGUAUGAUGACCAAGGGUACAGCCGAGGGGUGGAUCAGAUACCAAAUGUACAAGGAAUUGUUGCCGUAAAAUAUGCUUACAAAGUGGACCACAAGGGAGGAACAUCAAUAGGAACGGUUCCAGAUGACCCCCACUUCAGCAGCCUCUACUUGAACCAGUCCCACACAAUCUCGCCCACUCUGGUUGAUGGGGACACUCUCCGCUACUGGAUCAGGGCUUAUGACAUCAUGGACGAGUAUCUGGAGGAGAGAGUGACCGUCCACAUUGACACAUCACCCCCUAUCAUUGAGAACCUGUGGCUGACUCGGGAGGACAGGCUCAAUGUCAGUGUACACAACGUAGAUGAAUUUAAUCAAAUGGUGAUCGAAUGGGUGAGUUAUGAUGACCACAGUGGUCUGGAGACAGUUUCCUGGCGACUAUUUGAUAAUUACACAGGUGAGGAUCUCGUCCAUGGUGUUGAGCACGUUUCUCCGCAAGGCAAAGUACAGGACUUGCUGGAAUGUGAAAGUGAAUACCAGACUAGACCCAUGGGCCCUCACUGUUACUGCACUCCUGGAGUUGGAUGUUACCAUAGACAUUUCCAGAUCAAGCCCAGGGUUGUAUCAGCCAAUCUGUCACAUGGAGGGAUCUUCCAUGACAAGGACAAAGGGGUUCAUGACUCGGAUUACUAUCUUGAAGUUACCGUGAUGAAUCAUGCCAAACUGACAACAACUCUAGAUUUUAAGGUGACCAUUGACUCCAGUCCACCGCACACUGGUUCUGUUCACGAUGGUCAAAGGGGCCACUCUGAAAUUGACUACCAAGACAGUAAGCAGCUCCAUGCCCACUGGGAGGGAUUCUUUGACAGAGAAAGCGGAGUCAAGUUUUACCAGUACGGAUAUGCUGAUCAUUGUCUAGAGAUAAGGGAUUUCGGCCUUGAUUUGUCAUCACCCAAUGUGACCGAGACGUCCUCAACCCACGCUUCGUGGACAGCCCCUUCUGAAGGCAAGUUCUAUAUCACAGUAGUCGCCUUCAACCGAGCUCUGGACUCAUCCCUUCCAGUGUGUUCUGAUGGAGUAACCGUGGAUAAGACACCACCGUCUCUUGCCCAGAUUGCUGUCCUCAACUCCCGCACUACUGAAGGUCUGGUGACGAAUGGCGAGGAAGUGUGGCUCGUCACUGCAGACAGGAGGAGGAGUCGGAUUGAAGACCCCGAUAGUGUUUGCAGAAUGCGGGCAGCAGUGACAAGCAAUCACAGCUUAUCUCUACUUCCCCUUCAUAAACUUCUGAAUGGUUCAACUGUAACCCACAAAGCAUUAUCCUGCAGUCAGCAUCAAGCCUUCAUGCUCAGCUCCGUCAAUCAGUUUUAUAUGUCACAGAAACAUCACCUCUAUGUCAACUGGACUAGCAGUGAUGCUGAGAGUGGUAUUUAUGACUAUCAGCUGGGACUUAUGUCUGAUGCAUCUCGUGAAGCAGCUCCAGACAUCCUUCCCUACACAUCCACGCACCACCAUCCUCACUAUGAAGGAUACCACCCACAUCUCAGUGAAGGGCAGCAGGUCUAUGUAGCAGUAAAGUCUAUAAAUAAAGCUGCAUUACAUGUCACUGAGGUCUUGGGUCCUAUAACAGUGUACACUCAGGCGCCAGGGUUCACAGCACCAAUCACUGUUGGCUUACACGAAAACCACCUUGUCGCCACGUGGACAGCUGGUUCAUUCACAGAUGUCAGGCAUGACUAUCUGACCUAUGAAUUUGCUGUUGGUUCUUCCCCUGGAGGCUCCGACAUCUUCCCCUUCCUCCCUCUCCUGUCUGGAGGAGGAUGUUCUGUUUCCACGCCACCAGCAUGUACGGCUGUCGCCACCAGCGACCUUCACUGGGAUCUACAUCACGCACAAACCUACUAUAUAUCGGUGAAAGUGACCAACAUUGUUGGACUGUGGACAAUUGGUGUGUCGGACCCUCAUGUCCAUGAUGUCAUACUGUCGUCUCGGGGAGUCGUUUUUGAUAUCUGUCCACAGAAUGAACAAGAACUUUUUGACAUAACGGACUUCGUGGAUUCCGAUCUCCAGUUAUCCACCACCACACUGGAAACAAAAUGGUUUGGGUUUGACGUUGGCCGGUCUGGGGUCAAGUACCGCGUCUGUAUCGGAACAACUCCUGGAAUGCAAAACGUCCGAGCCUAUGCAGAUGUUGAAGAAUCCAUGUCACACAAGUUUAACAACUUGAUACUUAAUGUGAACACUGUUUACUAUGUGACAGUAAAGGCACGGACACCUGCUGGAGAAGUCAGUCAGUCAUCGGACGGGGUCAGGAUCAUCAGAUACAAUGAAGAUGUAGGUGGCCGUGUCACAGUGAGAGAUGGAGACAGAUGCUCAAAUGAACUUCACCGUCAGACAACAAGCAAGACUAGCAUGCGGCAUGCUCCUUGUGUUCCUGAUCCGAUCUACCAAGCGUCCACAUCCAUGUAUGCAGCCUACUGGGAAGUAACUGGUUUCAACAUUUCUUACACUGAUGUCCAGAUAUUAAUUGAAAGAAAGUUCCCUGGAUCAGAUGAUCUGUGGCAAACUGUUGAUGGGUACACAAGUCUAGGAGUCGUUGACAAUGCAGUGUUAAGUGGACUUUCUCUGGACCCUGGACACACCUACAGGGCUGCCGUCAUGUUCUGUGUCGUGAGAGUCUGCACCAGGCCCGUGCACAGCAAUGGUGUGACUGUAGUUCCCCAUCCCCCUGUAGCUGGGGGCAUCAACAUUGCAUACUCCGAGAAAGGGAUCUCGUCACAACUGGAGGUUGCAAUGGAUCGUUUCCGCGAUCGCGACAUACCUGCUACGUCUGAGUCGUAUGCUGUGAUGGAAAGGUAUGAGUGGAGUUUGAUCGAUCCUGGACUCCUCACUGAGUGGGCACCUGUGGCCAGUCUGACUCAUCAGGGAAAUCAGGUUUUAUUCAAGAUCAGCCUCUCCAGACCGCUAGAUUUCAGCAAGUGCCGCCGGCUAGCCGUCAGAGGGUACAACAAAGUAGGGCUCUUUACCGUAGUGUCUGCUGAUGUCAGAAACUGCUCUGCCUUUGAUCCACCUCUGGUGAAGCCUUCACUGGUCAUUGACGCCACUGGAUUAAAGAUUGCUGAAGGCAUUGGGAGCAAUAUCAUCUUAGAACACAAUGCCCUCUGGCCCAUGCUGGAUGUCGACUAUACUCCCUACAAAAACAUCCUGUCAGCUGUGUGGCCAAGUCUACGUCACAGGAAGUACAAGUGGGCGGUGGUAGCUGGUAACAAGCUGGAUCCUACAUCUCACUUCAAACGGCAGAGUCUAAUGACUGUCUCUGACCCAUGUGCCUUGGCCGAUGUCAUCAAGUGUGGAGAAACAGGAAUGGAAUUUGUCAACAUACACUUUGACCAGAAAGAAGAACUUCCCUAUGGACAAAGGUUCUACGUUUGCAUUCAUGCUGAUGAGAUGGAAGUGACUUAUGAGAAGUGGCCAACUGCCUUGGAAGAGGUGAAUGCGUGCAGUGACGGUAUCACUGUCGACCUCACCCCACCAUCUCCAGGCUCGAUCAGCAUCCCGGGGCUAACGGAAAACAUAUAUCAAAUCAGCACAUCUGAGGUGAGGGUUGAAUGGUCUGGAUUUACUGAUGUGGAGGAGGAAGGAUGGAGUUCACAUACGAGUGGCAUCGCCUUCUAUCAAGUUGCAUUAGGGUCUAUACCAGGAGAGGAAGACAUCAGAGAGUUCACAAAUGCUGGACACGUCCACCACACCACGCUGUCAGGUCUUCAACUACAGGACGGACACGUCGUCUAUGCUACUGUCAGAGCUACCGACUUUGUCAACCACCACUCAACAAUAUCGUCAGUAGGAUUUGUCAUAGAUUCUACUCCACCUUAUCACACAAGAACAAACAUACAAGUUGAAGAAAGGUACCUCACAUCUCCCGUACUCCCAGUGUGCUGGGAGGGAGUGUUUGUGGACGAAGAGAGCGGAGUCAAACAUUUUGAUGUUUAUGUUGGAAGUAGACCAGGGCACCAGGACAUCUUGGUAUUGGGAAGAGUACAGGAACUAUGUACAGAGCUUGACCUUUCCCAAACAAUGAAAGAUGGUCACAGUGUGUAUGUUACCGUGAAGGCCUACAACAGAGUGAACCUUUCCACAUUCAUCACGUCACAUGCCCUGGAAGUGGAUACAACGCCCCCUUCUGUCGGUCACGUGUUUGAUGGAAGAUCAUCAGCUAGUUCAGCAGAGGUGAAGGAUGAAGAUUACAUCACCAGGAUGGAAGACAUGGGAGCCCAUUGGGAGGGGUUUUCUGAUCCCCAUUCUACCGUUUCUCACUUCUUGGUCAAGGUUGGAACCUGCCCUGGAUGUGACGGCGCAGUAGUGGAAUUUGCUGCAGGUGCAAGCACAGAUGUAGUCUUCCAUCACAUUAUGUUCGCUGAGGGUGUCAGGUAUUACGUGACAGUGACAGCUUGUAACAUGCAUCCAGGUCCCUGGCACACAAGACCGAGACUCCCAGUACCAGGCAUCCAGGUCCACUCAUACUCCUGCUUAGUGAUUUUACUAUCACGGUUUAACCCUAACCUUUACCCUGGCACACAAGACCGAGACUCCCAGUACCAGGCAUCCAGAACGUUCCUGGGCUGCAAGUGGCAUGGGUUCCAGGACACAGAGUCAGGUCUGGACCACUAUGAGUGGCAGGUGGGGACCACACCAGGAGACAAUGACAUUCUCUCAUCACAGCAUGCUGCCCUUAAAGAGGUGGCAUUCCUCACACUGAACGCAAGUCAGAUGCUACCCAUUGGAAACAGGAUGUAUACAACAGUUAGAGCGUUCAACAAAGCAGGGAUGUUCACCACAUCAACAUCAAAUGGCUUCAUCAUUGACAACAGCGCACCUGAAGUUGUGAAGACCCCUGCUAUUGUGGAAGGACAAGGGUCCUUGGUUGCCAUGACUCUGAUCAGUCGGUCCACUGUGAAGGUCAUCUGGGAGGUGAAGGACGAUGAGUCUUUCAUAGAGAAGCAGUACAUCUCAAUCUCCUCUCAUAGGCUAGGGGAGUUCGAUUCUUCCUUGAUGGAGAUACCAGGACCUUUGAGAGAAUAUACUUUCACACAGCUGAAUCUCCAUGAUGGAAGUCAUUACAUUGUGAAGGUUAUAUCAUGCAACAUGGCUGGUCUCUGUACACAGAGUCAGACUGGAGGCAUCUUGGUCGACAGCUCCGUACCAACAACAGGGGUUCUUGCUGUACAAACGGACCAUGCUGCCAAAUUGUCAAGGACUCAGUCUGGCUGGAUGACUUGGACAAGAACCAGUCUUAACCUUGCUUGGCUUGGGUUUGCUGAUCUACACUCUGGCAUAGAUCAUUACAUAAUUACAGUGGGCUCCAGACCAUUUGCUGCCGACAUAGCACAGGACCUGCUGGUGAAUGUAUACCACAACAUCAGUGGAGUGGACCUAGAGGAUGAGGGAAUUGUGCAGACAUUCAACAUCAGUACCAAGGACUUGUCUUCUACAAAUUCUGUAUUCGUCACCAUGUGGGCAGUAAACGGUGUAGGCCUCAAGAGCAGCCCCCUCCAUUCCAAGCUGGUUCUGGGAGAAGGGGGUGAGCUAGAGUUGGUGAGACGGUGCAGCUCCUACAACUGUGAGGGACACUGUGUCUGUGCUGCCCAGGACAAGACGUGUGACAUCAGUCAAGGAUGUAAAUUCUUGAACAAUGGCAUCGGGAAUUCUUCACUGACGGUUACAGACACCACUGAUCUGAAAUCUCUUAAAUCUCCUACGUUGGAGAAUGACAUGGACUUCUCUCUCUUUGACUCAUUCCUUGCAGCAACAUGGACGGUAACCAACACACGAUCCACACAGCCCUUGAGGUACGAGUUCAGUGCCGGGCAUUCAAGUGGGACAUAUCCGAGAGGAAUAUAUACGGAAAGUACCGAACGAGUGUGGUUUGAUGCAGGAACUUUAAUGUCUGCGGUCAUAACCCUACCCAAAGGGCGUGAGCUGAUACCAGGACUCAGCUACAGUGUAUUUGUGCGGGCAUGGUAUGACGAGAACACAUACAACAUCUACAAAUCCGACGGCGUCCUCAUUGAUAUUACAGCACCCAGAACAUUCUCCCGACAAGGAGUAGCGGUGAAAGAGCACAUGGAAUCUGGAGACAGGAAGGACAUCGAUUACCAGCAUCGCGUAGAUAGGAUAUACCUGAGCUGGAACAAUGUACUGAUGGACACACAGUCAAGACUCCUGAAAUACAGGUCUUACACAAGUACUUCACCGGGCGGUUACAGCAUACAUGCGUCGUCUGACAUGACUGCCACGAACUGCACAGUGUCUGGGUUGUCUCUGGAAUCUGGAACAAUGUACUACUCUAAUAUCCUUGCAUAUAACAAAGCAGGACUGGUUGCCUGGGCAUUCUCAGAUGGGGUGCAGAUUGAUGUCACGGCACCAGUAGCAGGGACUGUAGAAGAUGGAGACGGGUCCGGUGAUGUUGACUACCAGUCCUCCCAGACACGGGUAUCUGCAUCCUGGUUUGGGUUUGCUGACAAGGAUUCCACAAUCAUCAAGUAUUUCUGGUGUGUUGGUUCAACCAAUGAUACAUCUGCAUGCAGCAUCGUGGAUUGGCAGGAUGUGGGGCUACACACAUCAGCAAGAGCACGCCUGGAGUCACCACUUGCUGAUGGAACACAAAUAUGGGCGAAGGUUUAUGCAGUAGACGUUGUUGGACACACAUCUACAGUGGUUGUAUCAGAUGGGGUCAUCAUUGAUUCAUCGCCACCUGAUGUUAAGGACAUUGCCUAUCUAGGGGAGAAUCUGGUGUCCAAUCCCUCCUUUGAGGAAAGCAUUAGCCAAUCCACUGACUGUCAUCCUGAACUACCUUCAUGGAAGGCUGGGAGGCACUCCUGCAUCAGGCUACUGACACCUGGUGUUCACCAUGCCACACACGGGAAGACAGUAGUUUCUGUACGAGGCAGCAUACAGCAGAAUGUCAUGAACCUUGACGUUGGCAGCAGAUAUAAAGCCACCAUCCAUGUUGGGUAUCCUUUGGACAUUACUGUCAACCAGAAAGUAGUAGAAGGUUUCAUAUCGUUUGGGAAUGACAUCUUUACCUUCAGCCUCGAUCCACACCUAUGUGUAGACUCGUGUUAUGGAACAGAUGGACGGGUCAUCCUGUGGAGCCAGUAUAGCUUCAGUUUCCUGGCACAGAACGCCACAACACCGCUGACGAUUGGGACGUCCUCCAUCAGCAUGGAAAUGGCCCUGGAUCACGUGUUGUUGCAAAGAGUGGAUCAUGUAGGGAAUGCAGAUACUAUGGAAACAGAAAGUAACGUCAAGCUUCAAGCUGUCUUCCGGAAGCACUGGUCAUCAGUUCACGUAUCUUGGCACUUUGAUGAUGGAGAGUCUCCAAUUGUAGAAUACACAAUGGCUGCGGGUACUGUCUCCGGAGGAACUCAGGUGCAGGGCUUUAAGAGUGUUAGCCGACACGCACAUGGAACUCUGUCAGGUCUGAGACUGUCCCACAAACAGAAACUGUUCCUGACCAUCACUGCCAGGAAUGCUGCUGGUCUCACAACCGUCUCCCGCCCUGACCCUAUCACUGUCGACAUGACCCCGCCGAUGUUCUCUCACAUCAAUGAUGGAGACGGGAUUGACAUUGACUACCAGGCUUUGGGCGAUGUGUACGUCAACUGGGCAGUCGAGGAUGCCGAGUCGGGUAUUGUGCACUGUAGCUGGGCAAUAGGCAGGAUACCAGGCAAAGGUGACAUCAAGAUGUUUCAGUUGGUUUCCCGAAGUCAAACAACAGCUAACUUUGACAUCACAAACGUCAAUAUUAGCCUUCCUCUGAAGAUAUUCUCAACGGUUCGUUGUAUCAACAACGUGGGUUUGAUGUCGUCAGCCGUCUCCGAUGGCGUAACUCUGACACAUGAUCAACUAAAGCCUACAAUGGCGGCCAUCUUGGAUGACAAAGUCAGGUACUUCCAUCAACGUGGCCAGUGCCUUAAAGACAACAGAGUUCGGAUGCACUGGGCCCGGAAUCAUCUCCAGUCAACCGUGAUUAAGGUAACAGAUGAGUUCGGCACAUAUCAGACCAGAGUAGACACCGGUGAUGAGUUCGCCUCGUUGUGUGGGCUGCACCUCAAGAAUUCAGCCUCUUACCCAGUUGCAGUAUCUCAAGACAACGUGCUUGGGACACAAGGGGAAACAACUCUUCUUAAUCUUACCACCCAUGGCAAUCCUCCGACAAUAACAGGAUCUGCUGCGAUAGCUGUGUCACUGAAAGGAAAGCACAUCUCCCUGAACUGGGACGGGCUGUUCGUCUCUCCGUGGAAGGAUCUUCAAUAUGAGAUUCACAUUGGAACAGUGGUUGGAGGAGCAGACAUCUUGGAGGGGGUUCUCAUGAAAAGAACGGAAACAAACCUGACCGUGAUCCCCACCGAUUCCAUACCCAAAUCUCUAUUUGCAGCUGUGACGGCAAUAGACCCAUGUGGUUAUAGUGCUCAUUAUCAGCAACAAAUAGAACUUUAAACAUGUCCACACAUGGAUCGUAUUAAACACAUAUAUGUUAAGUAUACGCCGGCUUUAUGAAACAUAUAUGGAACGACGUCUUCUGUUUUUACCAUAUACUUAUUAACUGAUGAUUCAGGCAUGUGUUAUUGCACAGUCUUUAUUUUGCAUCGUGACACACAAAGCAUAAUACAUAUGUAGUAGCUGUAGAGAAAACUGAUGCAUAUUUUGAGUUGUACAAAACCUUUGUACAUUUUUCACCGUUAUUCUAGAUCAGUUUGGAUUUGUUGCUAAACCAUCAUUCAGUAGUAGCGUGUUUUUGCAUUAUUUUUUACGCCAGUUGGUAAGAUAAAUAGUCUGAUACUGUCAUGUAGUGUUGAUUAAGACGUUCAUAAAUAGAUACAUUUGUUAUAUAUUAAAAAGUGACCAUGAUGCAUUAUUGACUCCAA